AUGAUUGAAGACAUCCUUGAGAAGACGACAUUCAGUCGGGCCUCGCUAUGGCUUCUCGGGCUAUUCGUUGCAUUCUGCGUAUUCCGCAAAUUCCAAGCUUCAGCACAAAUCGCCCGUCUCGGUCUCAGAGCUCCCAAAAUUGAGUUCCGUCUCCCAUACGCUCUCGACUUCAUAUUCCAAGACUACCAAGCCAAUCAAGUCAACGGCCUUAUAGAAUUCUGGGAUGCAAAGAUCAGCCAAGCAGGCGGCCUAAAAAAUGUGAAGACGGCCGAACUCGAUGCUGGAAUUUCCACCCGAACAAUCAUCACCAAGGACCCAGAAAAUAUCAAGGCACUCCUCACCCGCCAGUUCGCUGACUACGGUAAGGGUGAGUCCUUCCAUCAGGAGUGGAAGGAGUUCCUCGGCGACAGCAUCUUUAUCACAGACGGGGAACUAUGGUCUCGCUCCCGCCAGCUCAUUCGUCCCAUGUUUGUGCGUGACCGCAUUGUCGACACAGAAAUCUUCGAGAAACAUGUUCAGAAACUCAUCCCACUUCUCGGCGGUAGUGACUCUCCCAGCAGCAGCAAGGUAGUGGACGUCGGGUCACUCUUCUUCCGAUAUACCCUCGAUGCAGCAACAGACUACCUGCUCGGCAACGGCACAGACAGUCUAGAUAAUCCGGCAACACGGUUUGCGGAAGCGUUCAAAUAUGUUCAACAGCGUCAAGCGGAGUACUUCUGUUUCGGAGUCUUUAGUUUCGCCAUGUCACGCACCGAAUUCCGCAAAAACCUCAAGAUCAUGGACGAGUUCAUCCAGCCAUACAUCCAAACCGUCCUCGCUCAUUCAGCCGACGAACUUAAUGAAAAACUUUCAACCCACGAGACCUUUCUCGACGCCCUAGCCAGGUUCACCCGCGAUCCCCGCGUCCUCCGUGACCAACUCGUCGCCAUUCUCCUCGCAGGUCGUGAUACAACAGCCGGCACACUAUCCUUUUGUCUCUUCGAGCUUUCGCGCAACCCAGAAGUGGUCGCCAAGCUGCGCAACGAGAUUCGCGACAGACUUGGCGUCGGCGCCACCGCCCAGAAACCCAGCUACACCGAUCUUAAGGAAAUGAAGUACCUCAAUGCAGUGCUGCACGAGACCAUGCGUUUAUAUCCUGUCGUGCCAUUCAACGUGCGCCACUCUCUGCGCGAUACGACGCUCCCACGUGGCGGUGGGCCGGAUGGACUAGCGCCUGUGGGUGUGCGCGCAAACACGCGGGUCAUCUACUCGACGCUGUUGAUGCAGCGGGACCCUGAUCUAUAUGACGGCCCGGGAUCGGAGAACUACUUCAAUCCCGGGGAGUGGAUUCCUGAACGGUGGGUUUCCGGCUGGCAGCCCAGGCCGUGGCAUUUUAUUCCGUUUAAUGGGGGACCGCGGAUUUGUAUUGGGCAGCAGUUCGCUAUCAUUGAAAUGGGAUACACUGUUAUUCGGAUUUUGCAGGCUUAUGAGCGCAUUAUUGCGCUGCCGGUUGGUGGGAAGAAUAAAGUCGAAAAUCCAGAGCUUCAAUUCGAAGUUACACUUAGCCCUGGCUCCGAGUUGAAUUGCGUUUUCCUCAAGGAGGGUGAAUAG